UCUUGUUCCAUCAUCAGCGUGCGCCUCCGCGAUAAAUUAGGUCUGGGCUACAAACGUAUGGCAGCUUCUGAGGUGCCGGUGGUGGUGUCUUCGUCGUCUUUGAAAACAGACACAUCCCCUGUCCUUGAAACUGCAGGAGCGGUCGCAGCAAUGGCUGCGACCCCGCCAGCAACAGCUGCAGCUGCGGCUGUUGCGGCCGCGGCCAGGACAGGAUCCGAAGCCAGGAUCUCCAAGGCCGCUUUGGCUACAAAGCUGCUGUCCCUGAGCGGCGUGUUCGCCGUACACAAGCCCAAAGGGCCCACUUCAGCCGAGCUGCUGAAUCGGUUGAAGGAGAAGCUGCUGGCAGAAGCUGGAAUGCCUUCUCCAGAAUGGAGCAAGAGGAAAAAGCAGACUUUGAAAAUUGGUCAUGGAGGGACUCUAGACAGCGCAGCCCGAGGAGUUCUGGUGGUUGGAAUUGGAAGGGGAACAAAAAUGCUGACCAGUAUGUUGUCAGGGUCCAAGAGAUACAUUGCCAUUGGAGAACUGGGGAAAGCUACUGAUACACUCGAUUCUACGGGGAAAGUAACAGAAGAAAAACCUUACGAUAAAAUAACACAAGAAGAUAUUGAAGGCAUUCUACAGAAAUUUACUGGGAAUAUAAUGCAAGUGCCCCCCCUCUAUUCUGCAUUAAAGAAAGAUGGACAGAGACUUUCAACUUUGAUGAAGAGAGGUGAAGUUGUAGAAGCAAAACCUGCCAGGCCAGUGACUGUAUACAGUAUCUCCCUUCAGAAAUUCCAGCCACCAUUUUUCACAUUAGAUGUUGAAUGUGGAGGAGGUUUUUAUAUCAGAAGCUUGGUCAGUGACAUUGGAAAAGAUUUACAGUGAACAUUUUGAGGUUCAACUAGAUGGUGAAUUGUUCUGUUUCAAAGAAAGGAAAGAAUGCAUGGCAUACAAAAGAUGUAGUCCAGACCUUUAAGAAACUUUCAUUUAAUGGGAAUUCAAGAAGUGUACAUAUAAGAAGGUAAGUAGCAGUACGGUAAAAGACAAUACAUAAAUAUCAGUGAAUGGUAUUGCCUAAAGUGCUAUUGAUAGAGCAGUAAUUCAUUUCUGUAAACAUCUGUUGAUCUCCUACUGGAAACAGAGGAGGGAGAAUAGGAUGCCUCGUAGUCAGGAUAGAAGAGAAAGACCUUGAGUUGAGCCUUGAACGAUAUUUAAUAUUCAAAGGGUUAAGGAGAGCAGUUGAAGAGGGGAGAAUAGUUCCAGCAUAAAUGAUGGUGUACAAGAUGAACACAAUCAGCAAAGAGCAGAUUGGUCUGGAUGAAGAGGGGGAUUUGCAUCAUUUGGGAUUACAUCAUUUAUACCCUUGAAAGCCAGGAUUGAGUAAAGCUGCAGUGAAGGGACUGGUUCAUAUGGAAGCUUUAAUUUAAGAAGAUUAAUCUGAUAGUGACAUGUGCCAAAAACUGAAUAGGUAGAAAUGGGAUGCAGAGAGCCCAGUUGGAACUGAGUCUGGUGUAGUAAUGCAGGAUUGAGGCAAUAAAUGGCAACCUACAGUAUCACCAGAUAAUGGAUGUUUGAAUGGACGGUUUAGAGGAAAAUUGAUGGUAUUUGGUAAUUCACUAGAUAAUCGAGAGUCAUGGAAUUAGAGGGGAAAAUGACUAAACAUAGUCAUCAAAUGGUUUUUCUUAAAAACAAUGAAUCUGUAUUUUGGUGUAGAGUAGCGUUUUCUUACACCUUAUUGCCUAGUUGGUACAGUUGCCUAUGAUAAUGACUCCCACCAUGCUUGCUCCGAGUCCCCCACCAGCCAAACAGCUUCUUGAAAAGGACAAUGCCUUUUCACUUCUCUCCAAGUGCUUGGCAAAUGGGAGGCUUUCUGAAGUUAGUCUAUAGUUAGGGGUUCCCAGUUAGUAUUUGAAAUAUUAAAUCAUGCCAAUGGUUGACAGUAUGGGCUCUCAUGUUAGAGAUUCUCCUGGCCCUACUGUUCAUCAUCAGCUAUUAACCUCAGGUAGGUUAAUGGACUUUCCUGAGCCCCAGUUUACUCAUUUAUAAAGUGGGAUUAUUUAUAAUGUCUACUUCAUAAAAUUAUGAAGCCUAUGUUAGGUCACUCUAAUAGUGUUUAGUAUGAUUCUUAGAACCUAGUAAACAGUCAGUAAACAGAAGCAAAUACUGCAUGCCUGAUUUAUAGCCAAGAGGAGAAAGGUCAAUCUGGAAUUUUCAUGAUUUAUGGAUUCAAAUUAUACAUUUCAAAGAUGCUUUAUAAGCUAUUGUUUUGGUAAGAAGAACUGAGCUGAAACAAAGAACUUUCUGACAGUAAUGAUUAUUAAAUGGUGAAAUAGGCUUUGGUGCAAGUGAGAAAGACUUUAGAGGAUAUAGAUGUUCACCUUGUGCAUAUUACGUGUACAAAAAUUCACUAAGUAGAUAUGUUUAUCUACAAAGAGAGAGCAUUAAAGUUAGUAAACACCCCCCACCCCACCCCGCUUUUUUCUGAGACAGGGUCUCACUCUGUUGC